CUGCAUUCUGUUGCUGUUGGCUCUCCGCGGUGCUCUGUGCGCGAGCUCUCUGUUUGGGACGAGCGGCAGCAGGCAGCAAAGGCGAUUCACUCCCACGACGCGCCUUUGCUCCGGCCCAGCUAGGCACCACAUCUCGCCUCGCACCUCUCCAUAGCCCUGCUUAAAUAUCACGACAUUCCCUCCCGCCGCGUGCCUGCCUGCCACAACACGCGCUGCGCACUCGACCCCGCCAAAUACCCCGCCACGCCACUGCUGGCAGCUCGCACCUCACAUAGACCCAGCAUCUGCAACGCCGUGCCCUGCGAGUCCCCUUUCCCGCACACACGCCCACCAUGGCGCCGUCGUCGUCGGUCCCCCCGAAUCCGACCGCUGCCAACGUCACGCAGCUGCUGCCCAAGCUCCAAGAUGACGACCCCGACUUUCGCUUCAUGGCCCUCAGCGACCUGCACGACAUGCUGCUGCUGGGCCACGCCGCCUUUCUACAGUCCGACAACCUCGCCUGUGCGAAGACGGUCGAGGGGCUGUUGAGCACGCUGGUCGACAGCAACGGCGAGGUGCAGAACCAGGCCGUCAAGUGUCUCGGUCCCUUCGUCAACAAGGUCCCGGAUAACAUCCUGUGUCCCAUGAUUGAGAAGCUGUCCAACCUCCAGACCGACAACACAGUCGACCAGUCAAUACCUUCCCUGGCCCUGCGCGAGGUGGUCAUCUCGUUGCCCCGUCCCGUCGCCGGUGGGCAGCGCACCAAGCAGGUCCAGGAUGCAUACAACGCCGUAAGCAGGGUCUUGAUACCGCGCCUGGUCGGCUACCAUGUGGUCCUCCCAUCCCAAAAGGGUUUGCCCAGUGUACCAAAAGGUAUGCUGCAGCUCGACCUGGAGAAGGGCACCGACAGCAACGCCAUCGACGUGCUCACCGAAGUUGCCCGCUGCUUCGGGUCCAUGUUGCAGGACGCCGAAAUCCAUGCCUUGCAGAAGAUCACGCUCGAGAUUCUCGAGAACGAUCGGGCAAGCUCCAUGAUGAAGAAGAAGUCUGUCACCGCCAUCUCCACCUUGGCCAGCUUCUUCUCCGAUCAGCUGCUGAGCUCCUUCAUAUCGCGCAUAAUCGAACACCUACGCGACGUACACCUCACGCGCAGCAAGCGAAAGCUUUACAUCACGGUUCUUGGUUCCAUCGCACGAUCGGUCCCGCGCAAAUUCGGACCAUAUCUCAAGACGUUAGCACCCUUCGUGUUGAGCGCUUUAAGUGCGCAGGAAGUUGAUGAAGAGAUGGACACCUCCGACGAUGAGGGCGAGCGUGACCCUGAAGUCGAUGAGGUGCUCGAGGCAGCGCUCAUUGCAUUGGAAGGUUUCCUCGCAUCCUGCUCCUCGGACAUGCGCGCAUACACGGCCGAAACCAUCGAGGCCACGACGCGUCUUCUGAAAUAUGACCCCAACCUUGCCGCAGACGAUGAUGACGACGACGAUGAUGCCAUGGCUAGCGACGACGAGGACGGCCUGGACGACGACGACUACGAGGAGGAGACUGGCUUCGACGAUGAUGAGGAUGCGAGCUGGAAGGUGCGAAGAUGCGCUGCGAAGGCCAUCUACACGCUUAUUUCCACACGAAGCAAUGGCGAUCUUCUAGAAGACGGAACCCUGUAUGGCCGCGUGGCUCCGGCUCUAGUCGCUCGGUUCAAGGAGCGAGAAGAGAAUGUGCGCCUUGAGAUUCUGUCCGCGCUGUCAAACUUGGUGCGAAAGUCUGGAGAUGGUCCUGCACCCGUGAAAUUUGCCGAUGAACAUCCCCAGGGUGGCACUAUGUUGCCCCCGCCCACUCGCAAACGUCGCCGUGGCGGAAGCGAUGUGUCGAUGCUCGAUAACAGCCACUUGAACCUUGGAUAUGCCUCUCCAGCCCGGUCAAGCACGCCCACUGUAGGCCCGCGAGCAGAUCUUACCAAGCUCAGUCCCGAGAUUGUCAAGGGAGUUGCACAAUUGCUCAAGCAGUCAGCAUCGCCACCAUCGACCAAGCAGGCCUGUAUUGUCCUGAUUAAGGAUAUCAUCAUUACUCAGCGCGGCGGCCUGGAUUCAUACUUGACCCAGAUUGUGGACCCAGUCGUGGAGGCUGCGAAGACUAGCGGCGGCACAACCAGCAGUGCCUCCGCUACAGCGAACAGCUUGCGCAUCCAGGCACUACAACUCCUUGGUGCCAUUGCUGACACACACCCUUCUGCUUCUUUCCAGCCAUAUCUUCCCACGGUCGUACCCGCCCUAAUAUUCGGAGCUCGCGACAAGUACAGCAAGCUCUCUAUUGAAGCUCUGGCCGCAAGCGAACAAGUAAUCAAGGCUUUGACACCUCCUCGCGGCCAUAAGACGGGUUCUCAAAACCAAAAGCACCUAGAGGAGCUGCACGAUGUACUCGUCACCCGCAUAGGAGCGAAGGACGUGGAUUUAGAAGCUCGUCGAAGCGCUAUUCACGUGCUCGGGGUUUUCCUCGGACGCAGCUCUGGCACGGAUCUGCUAUCUCUGCAAAAUCGCGUAUCAGCGCUUGAGCUUUUGGCCGGCAGUCUCAAGAACGAGCUUACUCGUCUUGCAUCUGUUCGUGCAAUCGACUCGAUAGCCGAGCACACUAACGCAGAGGGUGAGCUAUCUACGAAGUGGGUGCGAGGCGUUGCUCUGGAACUCGGUGCUCAACUCCGGAAAGCAAGCCGUGCACUUCGUGGUGCCAGCCUGAGCGCCUUGCGAACACUGGCAAAGAACCAGAUAUCGCGUGCACAGCUUGAUGACCAGACGAAGUCGCAGAUCGUUGAGUUGCUUCUGCCGCUUCUGGACUCCUCGGACCUGCAUCUGCUGGGCCCGGCUCUUGUCAUCCUCAAGACCUUCGUUGAGGACAACGCCCAGGCCACAGUUACUCCAGAGCUGAUCAAAGCUCUAUGCACUGUCGUUCAGGGCUCGAUUAGUGGUAGCUCGCUGGAGGCUCUACUUGCCUUGGUGCGUACCAUUGGUGAGAAAGGCGCAGGAAAGCCACUCAUGCAGGCUCUGCUCAACGAUGUCGGCAUUUCUGGCAAUGCCGAAGUGGUCGGAAAGGUCAUCGGCAAUCUUCUGGUCUUCGGCGGUGGUAGCUUGGGCAUCAAGCUCGAAGAUUUUGUCAACGAGCUUCAAACGGCCAAGGAUGAUAGACGAAAAUGCCUCGCACUUGUCGUCAUGGGAGAAGCUGCGCUACGCAUGGGAACGCAGUCGUCUAUUGACCCGCAGCUCUUCAUAGAGUAUUUCUCUGCCAAGUCUGAGUCAGUGCCUCUGUCAGCUGCCGUGGCUCUAGGCCGGGCCGGCGCUGGCAAUGUUGGCAAGUACCUGCCCGUCAUUCUCUCCGCCAUGGGCAAGCCAGCUAGCCCGCAGUAUCUUCUCCUGCACUCCAUCAAGGAAAUUCUUCAGCAAGACACCGAGUCGGAGAUCUUACCCUUCGCGUCGCACCUGUGGAAUAAUCUCGUCGCGGCCUCCCAAGCCGAGGACAACAAAGCUAUUGGCUCCGAGUGUAUCGGUAGGCUUACGAUCAUCGACCCGAAGACUUUCCUACCGCAACUCAGGGCCUUCCUUGGUGAUCAAAACGUCAGCGUGCGGGGCAUGGUCAUUUCAGCUCUGCGAUACACCCUCGCCGACACCGAUGAGGCAUAUGACGAGUACCUCCGACCGAUCGUCGUACCUAUGCUCAUCCAGAUGCUCUCUGAAACUGACCUCGACAAUCGUCGCCUGGCCCUCACAACCUUCAUGUCGGCCCUGCGCAAUAAGCCCGACAUUAUCCUGCCUGCUCUCGAGCAGCUCCUUCCGCUCACCAUGAAUGAGACCGUGAUCAAGCCCGAGCUGAUCCGCGAAGUCCAGAUGGGGCCAUUCAAGCACAAGGUAGACGAUGGUCUGGAGAUUCGCAAGAGCGCAUACGAGACGCUUUACGCUCUACUCGAGAACGCCUUCUCACGGCUUUCACCCACCGAUCUUGACGACUGCUACGACCGCAUUGUCGCCGGUAUCACCGAUGAGCACGAUGUUAGAAUCAUGUGCAACCUGAUGCUCACCAAGCUGAUGCACCUCUCGCCCGACCGAACGCACAACCGCCUCGAGGUCAUUUCCAACUCAUUCCGCGCCGUUCUUUCCAUCAAGCCAAAGGACAACGCGGUCAAGCAGGAGCUGGAGAAGCUUCAGGAAGGCUGCAAGGGCGUGCUCAAGGUGUCUGUCUUGCUCAACAAGCAGAUGGGCAGCGAGGGCGGUGUGCAAGGCCAGGACGACCCUCAGCUGCGCGCGUGGGCUGGUUACUGGGAUUGGAUCAGCAAGGAGCAUUCAGCUGCGCUGAAGGCGGCUACGGAUGAGUUGAAGGACCGCGAUCACUAGGAGUUGCCCGCGUAUAAACCUGCACCUCGGCAGGCUGGGAAUCAAGGGAUAACUAGUCACAGUGGGAUCAGGGAGGUCAGUAGUUUGGUUGAGUAAUGCAUUUGCACAGCGUGGUUGGCAUGAAUAUGAGUAUGAGCAUGCAUGGCGGUUCAGGUAGAUGGUCCGCGAGGCUAAAAGCGAAAGCAAAAACAUGUGAUAUCCAGAGCAGCUCGCUGUGCGUG